GGUUUGUGUUUGGUCUAUGAUCAGUGUACUAAGCAUUGAAGAUUCCGAAGCAUGUGGAAGAUCUCCUACUUUCAUUAUUUGGUCGAAGCACGAAUCAUCGAUAACUGGUCUCCUUACACUGUUAGGCGGUUUGAGUCCGAUUUUAAUUUCAAGCUCACUUGAUGGAACUUGCAAGGUGAGAGAACUUCUUUCAGGAAGAUUACUUCAAACCCAAGUACUCUCAGUUGCCAUAAAUGCGAUCACCAUCAAUAACGACGAGCGACUGCUGUUCUCUGGCGGCGACGAUGGCGCGAUAUACGCAACCAAACUCAAUAUUGGAUUGCAAGAAGAUCAAGCUGCGGUUUCGAAGGAUGAUGCUGGAGUGUUAUCCGGGCACAAGUAAGUUUCGCCGAAGAUCAUCUUAAGUGCACUAAAUCCAAUAGAUUAACUAUAAAGAUCAGAAAACAAAAAUACAAAAUGAAAUUACUCAGCUGGAUUUUCGGAAUGCUCUUGUUCACUCUA